AGAGCUUCUCCAGUUACGGAUGGAAUUCAGUGAUCCAGGAGAGGAUAAUAGUAUUGUUUUGCCGGAAUUCACUACAGAGACUGCACCAGUGUUGGAGUAUCUGUGUAUACAGAUCAAAGAUUCAAUGACUCUUGACAGUCAAACAUUGACACACCUAUUGAAGCACACCCCAUUACUGAGGAACCUGAAACUCAGUGGCAAGGUGAUGACCAAUGAUGUCUUUCUCCAGCUUGGAAGGAAGACAGAGUUUUCAUGGUUGGUCCCUCAGCUAUGCAGGAUAGACUUGAGAGGGUCAACAUUUGAAUUUGAGGAUGCCAACAGUAUCAUUGUUGGAAUGGUUGCAUUUUGAAGUGAAGCUGUUGAGGGUGGCACAACCUUGCAGACACUCAUUCUGGAUGAGCCAUUUUGUUUUGAGGAUGAUGAUCUUUCUGCAAGAUGGCACACACUCUGCCAAGAGAGUCUAGAUGUUCAGUAUGGUGGAUGAAAGGUGUUGUGGAAGUUUUUAUUGCAUUUUCUGAUAGAAUGAAUUGUUAGUUCUGAGCAAUGUGUGGAUAAGCAUGUUGCUGUGACACUUGUG